AUGAGGCCGCCGGUGAGCAGGGCCGCCUUCGCGUCCGUACUGAUGGGGCCGCGCGCGCUCGGGGCGUCUCUGGUCGCCGCCCGCUGCGCCUCCUCCUCCCCUGUCGCAGCCGCCGCUGCCGCUGCCGCCACUGCCUACGAUCAUGCAUCGUUUGUCAAGGAAAUCGCCGCAACCGAUCCUCCGGAGCAUCUCAACUCUCUCCUGAAUGUGCUUCAAGCACGAGGUGAAAAGAUUGUUUCUCCUGGAGCAAAAAGAGGGUUGAUUCCAGUUGUUGUUCCCUUAUCAGAAAGCCCAGCAGGUAAUUUGACAUCCCUCCUUAGAUGGCCAACCGCUCCAGCUGGGAUGGAAAUGCCUGUUGUGGAAGUUCAUAAACAUGGGCUGUGGCUUUUGGCUAAGAAUGUGAAACAGUAUAUCCACAGAAUACUUGUUGAGGCUGACAUCAGUGCUGAUACUGGUGAUGAUUUGUGGGCUGCCGUGGGCGAAGCUGGUAAAAACCUUUAUGCUAAAGGUGACUUCAAAGAGUCGCAGCUGGCAGACCUUGAUGUCUAUUUGUUGAAGAAGGUUGGACUUUUCCCUGAUGUUAUAGAGAGGAAAACAUUGCGUCAUCUUGAAAAAGGAGAUAAUGUCUCGGCUCUCAUUACUGGAGAAUUCUAUAGUAGAGAUCAAUUUCCUGGAUUUGGAAGACCCUUUGUGUUCAAUGCAGAAAUUUUAAAAAGAGUUGGACGUACAUCUGAAGCCAAAGAUUCAGCUCGAGUGGCUCUGAAAUCACCGUGGUGGACACUUGGCUGCAGUUACGAAGAGGCUGCUGAACUAGCUGGGUGGGAGGAUGAGCAGCUCGAGUUUAUAAGAGAGAAGGUAACUGAGGAGGGUAAGCGUGAGGACCUGAAGAAAGGAAAGGCUCCAGAACAGGUGGUUCUUGACGAGGCAGCAUUUUUAAUGGAUUUAGCGUCUGUGGAUGGUAACUGGGAUGAGGUUGUGGAUCGGAUAGCUGAGUGUUACAGAGAAGCUGGGCUUCAUGACAUUGCAAAUUUCAUUGCCUACAGGGAAUAG